GGCUAGACCCUCGGAGAUGCCCCAGAUUUGGGAGGAUGCGCCGACGACUCGCUGUCAGAAGAAUUCUGCCUUUUGCUAACUACCAGGGACUAAGGCUGGAUUCGAAUCCAAGUCCUCUGCCUGCAAAGCCCGGGCUGCCUCCAUGGCACUAGGUAGCCACUCUUCUCCGCGAAUAAUCUCCCAAAGCACAAAAUCUGCCGAGGAGAAUGCUUCCCUCGUCUCCUCCACCUCCAGGCGGCCCUCCCGGAUCUCUCCUCUCCUUCCUUCGAUGCUACUAGCUAAGUAGGGCCCCCUUUCCUCUUGCAGGUCUGAGGAACCUGGCCGCUCCUCCCUCACCUCCUGGGAGCGGCCCCGUGCCCCCGGGCCCCGCCAGCCGGCUGGUCCGCCGCCCGCGGGCACCAUGGUCCACUUCUUGUCCUGCGAAGUCCGGCAGCUGCUGCACAACAAGUUUGUGGUUGUCCUGGGAGAUUCCAUCCAGAGGGCCGUGUACAAGGACCUGGUGCUGCUGCUGCAGAGAGACGCGCUGCUCACGGAAGCCCAGCUCAAGGCCAAGGGGGAGCUGAGCUUCGAGCAGGACCAGCUGGUGGCCGGGGGGCAGCUGGGCGAGCUCCAUAACGGGACGCAUUACCGCGAGGUCCGCCAGUUCCUCUCCACUUCGGGCCACCAUCUCCUCCGCUUCUACUUUCUCACCCGCGUCUACUCGGCCUACGUGGAGGACAUCCUGACGGAGCUAGAGCGCGGGCCGCCCCCGGACCUGGUCAUCAUGAACUCCUGCCUCUGGGACCUCUCCAGGUACGGCGGCGACGCCAUCCGCAGCUACCAGGAAAACCUGGAGUGCUUAUUUGAGAGGAUGGAACAGGUCCUGCCCGCCUCCUGCCUCCUGGUGUGGACGCUGGCCAUGCCUCUGGGGGACCGCGUUACCGGAGGCUUUCUGCUGCCGGAGCUGCAGCAGAAGACCGGCUCUCUCCGCGUGGACGUCCUGGAGGCGAACUUCUACUGCUCCAUGCUGGCGGACGGGCACCACUUCGACGUGCUGGACCUGCACUUCCACUUCCGCCACGCAGUCCGGCACCGGCGCCUGGACGGCAUACACUGGGACCAGCACGCCCACCGCCACCUCUCGCAGCUCCUGCUGGCCCACGUGGCCGAGGCCUGGGGGGUGGAGGCGCCCACCCGCUGCACCCCGUUUGGGGAGUGGAAUGAGGAGCAGACAUUCCUAGAACACACAGGCCAAAGGAGACAGCCGCCUCAGAGGAGUAAGCGGUCUUCUUCCUUCGAACCAGUAACCCAAGAGGUUGAUCGUCCUCUGACCUGGCUGGAUAGGCAGUUCCAGCCCCCAUUCCUGCCUUCAUCCCAAAGCUUGCCCUUCCACCUACCCCUUCAUUCAUCUCAAGUCCUCCCUCAAGACAGCUGCUUCUUCUCAGAUAAUCCUGUCCUGCCUGGCUACCUCCCCCUCAACUAUAUAGCCUUCAGUGAUCCCUUACCUUCUCCUGCUGCGUUGGAUUACACACCAGUCCGCUGGCCCCUUUACCCAUCAAUUCCUCACUAUGGACAGCGUCACAAUUUGGUAAUGCACCGCGUCCAUCGCCAUGUGCCUAACAGCCCCUACAGCCGCUCGAGGGAGGGAGGCCUUAGUAGACAGUGGUCCAGACCUGGCCACAGACAAUGAACUGCCUGUUCGCUGCCCAAGGAUGUGACUGAAUGUUCUGACUUCAUAGCCAUGGGCAGACUGCCCUUCCUAUGGACGUAGCCAGAUGGAUUGAUUUUCAUAAGUCUCUCUCCCAUUUUGACCAGCCUGCCGGGUAGAACAACCUGUUUCUGCCACGGGGUCCUCACGUCCCACAACGGUGACCUCCGUUGUCCAAUGUCCCUAGUAGCCUGGGCCAAAUAACCUUUACAGCUAGAAGUAGGGCUCGGUGGAUGGAGGGAGGGCUAGGGGUCCAGAAUUUCAAAUCCAGCCUCCGAUACUUGCUAGCUAUGUGACCCUGGACAAGUUACUUAACCUGUUUGCUUUGGUUUCCUCAACUAUAAAAUGGGUUUUCAAACUUACCUCGAAGUGUUGUGAGAAUCAAAUGAGAUACUUGUAAAGUACUUAGUGCAGUGCCUGGCACUUAGGAGGUGCUAUAUAAAUGCUUAUUCCUUUCU